AUGUGCCACUUUCAGGUCUCCUCACACUGCUGGUGUGUUGAAUUUUUUGACAUAGGGUGCUGGCAGAUUACGGGCCUCCCAUAGCUGCUGCCAGGCCCCUAAUCUGCCAUGGGCCCCUAUAUACCGCCUCCUCAUGCUGCUGCCAGGUCCAGAGUCUCUCAUGGGUCCCUGUACGGCCUCCCAUUGCUGCUGUCUCCAUCGCCACACUCUGCCAUGUGCCACUUUCAGGUCUCCUCACACUCCUGCUGGUUUCCAUUUUGUCAUAGGUUGCUGUAUGGCCUCCCAUUGCUGCUGCCUCCACCGCCACACUGUGGCUCCAAACACUGGUUUUGGCCCCGUGACUGGCCAAAUGAGUGAAGUGUGCGGUGAUUCUAAGAUCGACGGCACUCAUCUGCAUGUCAUACUG